CUUGCCCUGGCCCACGGAGGCGGCGCCGUCCGGGACCGAGCGGCGGGAGCGAGGGUUCAGAGAUGGGCAGUGAGAAGGAGCACAGUCUGGAAGCACCGCUACCUGAUGAAGGGGAAGGGGGGAAGCCUUGGCGAGUGGAUGACUCAGAGGGGUCUCGGAUCCCACCUGGGGAGGAGAGCCUACCAGAGGGGCUACAAGGAACCCAUCCCCAAACGCAGUGGCAGAAAGCUCCUGCCCCAGCUGGGGAGCCAGGGGGCAUUGCUCAUCCAAGGCCCGAGGUCAACGAGAAGCCGUUUAUCUGCACCCAGUGUGGCAAAACCUUCAACAACACCUCCAACCUAAGGAUGCACCUGCGGAUCCACACAGGCGAGAAGCCUUACAAGUGUUCUGAAUGCGGCAAGAGCUUCUCCAGGAGCUCCAACCGCAUCCGGCAUGAGCGGAUACACCUGGAAGAGAAGCACUACAAAUGCUCCAAGUGUCAGGAGAGCUUUCGACGGCGUUCAGACCUCACCACACACCAGCAAGACCACCUGGGCAAGCGGCCCUACCGCUGUGACAUGUGCGGCAAGAGCUUCAGCCAGAGCGCCACACUAGCCGUGCACCGACGGACCCACCUGGAGCCUGCGCCCUACAUCUGCUGCGAGUGUGGCAAGAGCUUCAGCAACAGCUCCAGCUUUGGCGUGCACCAUCGCACGCACACGGGCGAGAGGCCUUAUGAGUGCACCGAGUGUGGGCGGACCUUCAGUGACAUCUCCAACUUUGGGGCACACCAGAGGACCCACCGAGGGGAGAAGCCCUACCGGUGCACCGUGUGUGGCAAGCAUUUCUCCCGAAGCUCAAACCUCAUCCGCCACCAGAAGACACAUGGGGAUGAACAGGCUGGGAAGGAUUCCAGCUGA